AUGAGUGACUCGGCCACUUUUCAAACUUCCGUCGUUCAGCACGCUGGUAUUCCUUACUUCACCCCCAGUAACAAUGCAGGUGCGACGAUAGAUGCCGGAAACCCAGAGACCCCGACAAUUUUCAAAUCCCUGCAGAUCAGAGAUGUGACGCUCAAGAACCGGAUCAUGGUUGCGCCAAUGUGCAUGUAUUCAGCCGAGUCCAAUCCAUCUUCGCCUUAUAUUGGAGCUUUGACGGACUACCAUAUGGCCCAUCUUGGCCACCUUGCCCUGAAGGGCGUGGGAUUGAUCAUCAUAGAGGCCACCGCAGUCCAGGAGAACGGACGGAUCUCGCCCAAUGACUCGGGACUCUGGCAGAAUGGCACCGACUCGGAGCAAUUCAAAGGUCUCCAGCGUGUUGUGAACUUUAUUCAUAGCCGGGGUGCCAAAGUGGCCAUCCAGCUGGCGCAUGCAGGGCGCAAAGCCAGUACUAUCACCCCAUGGCUAUCAAAGCAAGCCGGGAAACGAAGCUGGAGGGCUGAUACGAGUGCGAGAGGAUGGCCCGCUGAUGUCGUUGGGCCAUCUGGUGGUCCAGAACAGAUCUGGGCUCCCGGAGAUGGCUUCUGGUCUCCCCGCGAGCUAAGCACCGCCGAAGUCGAGGAAGUGAUCGCGGCAUUUGCGAAAAGUGCUUCUCUGGCUACCGCAGCGGGUGUUGAUAUAAUCGAAAUCCACGGCGCACAUGGCUACCUGAUAGCCCAAUUUCUCAGCCCCGUGACAAACCAUCGAACAGAUAGGUUUGGUGGUUCUUUUGAGAAUCGUGCCAGGAUUAUCAAGGAGAUUUCAGCCCAUGUCCGGUCCGUCAUUCCAGAAGGAAUGCCUCUGUUUCUCCGCAUCAGUGCUACAGAAUGGCUUGAGCAUCUAAGACCCGACUCAUGGGAUCUUUCCUCUUCAAUCAGGCUUGCAAAGACACUCCCGUCGCUCGGAAUCGAUUUCCUUGAUGUCAGCUCUGGCGGUAACAGCAAGGACCAGAAAAUCGACAUGCCCAAUGACUAUCAAGUUGACCUUGCGGGUUCUAUCCGCCGAGAACUCCGUGCUGAGGGACAGAACACUUUAGUCGGGGCCGUGGGGUUGAUUACAGAAGCCUACCAAGCCCGUGAGAUUGUACAGGGUGCGCACAACGACGAGGCAACACCGGCGGUGGCUUCGGAUACAAGGUCACAUCCUAAGGCUGACGCUGUGCUAUUGGGCCGGCAAUUUCUACGCGAGCCUGACUGGGUAUUCAAUGCAGCCGCAGCUCUUGGGGUCAAGAUAAAACUGCCACUUCAGAUUGGCCGUGCCUUCAGCAUGUAA